AUGGAAUCUGCAGAAGUGGAAAACCUCGUUGAUCUACAGAAUGAUGUUGAGGAGAAGCUAAUAAAAAAGGAAGAGGUAGAAGAUGAAGAUUACCUCUGUGGAGAAGCAUCAUCCUCUGUCGAUGUCACCUCAGAGGAUCAACAGAAUAACGCCUUCUAUAUACAAAUUGUGAAAAAAGAAGAUCCGGAAGAUAAAGAAGUGGACGCCGCCCUCUCCAGCUCAGAUUGUGGACGUCUUGGUUGCCAGAGUGAUCUUGAAGUCCACCAGUACGUUCUCGCCGGGGAGAGGCCGUAUCACUGCUCAGACUGUGGGAAGAGUUUCAAUCAGCACAGUCAUCUCAAAAUCCACCAGCGCAUUCACACCGGCGAGAAACCCUAUCACUGUCUGGACUGCGGAAAGAGUUUCAAUCAACAGACUCAUCUCAGGAUCCACCGGCGCAUUCACACCGGUGAGAAACCGUAUCAGUGCUCAGAGUGCGGGAAGAGCUUCGUUCAGCAGUACGAUCUCAAAAGACACCAGCGCAUUCACACCGGGGAGAAACCCUAUCACUGCCCCGACUGCGGGAAGACUUUCUUCCGGGACAGCGCUCUCAAGAUACACCAGCGCAUUCACACCGGAGAGAAACCGUACCAGUGCUUAGACUGUGGCAAGCGAUUUAGUCAGCAGUGUCAUCUCAAAAUCCACCAGCGCAUUCACACCGGAGAGAAACCCUAUCAGUGCUCACAGUGUGGGAAGCGCUUUAACCGAGACAGUACUCUCAGACUGCACCAGCACAUUCACAACGGCGAGAAACCGUAUUACUGCGCGUACUGUACAAAGAGUUUCAUUCGAGAGAGGGACUUCAGAUGCCACCAGCACUUUCAUACCGGCGAGAAGCCGUAUCAGUGCUCAGAGUGUGGGAAGAGCUUCACUGAUCCAAAUGUCUGUAAAAAACACCAGCGCAUUCACACCGGAGAGAAGCCCUACCUGUGCUCGGAAUGUGGGAAGAGCUUCACUCAGCAAAGUUCUCUCAAAAUCCACCAGCGCAUUCACACCGGAACCAAACCCUAUCAGUGCUCGGAGUGCGGGAAGAGCUUCAAUCAGCAGGGUCACCUCAAAAUACACCAGCACGUUCACACCGGAGAGAGGCCGCAUCAGUGCUCACAGUGUGGGAAGGGUUUUAAUCAGCAGAACGAUCUCAAAAUCCACCAGCGCAUUCACACCGGAGAGAAGCCACAUCACUGCUCGCAGUGCGGGAAGAGUUUCAAUCACCAGAGCAAUCUCAAGAUACACCAGCGCACUCACACCGGGGAGAAACCGUACCAGUGCUCACAGUGCAAAAAGAGUUACACUAACAAGAGUAAUCUCAUCAUCCAUCAGCGCAUUCACACCGGAGAGAGACCCUUUCAGUGCUCACAGUGCGAGAAGAGCUUUUCUACCCAGAAUAAUCUCAAAAAGCACCAGCGCAUUCACGCUGGAGACAAGCCAUUUCAGUGCUCGCAGUGUGGAAAGAGUUUUAAUCAACAAAAUAAUCUGAAACGGCACCAGUACAUUCACACCGGGGAGAAACCAGAUCAAGGGAUUUCAGAUGUGCCUGAUUCUGAGGUAGGAAGCGAGUGGGAGAGCUCUGUCCUAAUCCUGAUUUAAACCUCGUCAACGUAUGGGUAUGGGUAUCAAAGUUGGCUAGCCACGUUAUGCAGACUUUGGCGCAACAUGAUUCAAAGCGACUUUACAGAAUCCAGGACCAACAGACCAAAAACCUCCUGUUGAGCAAACCGAGGGCGACAGUGGCAGGAAAAACCCCCUUAAAAUAACAGGAAGAAACCUUGAGAGGAACCAGACUCAGCGGGAACCUCCGUCCUCCUCAGGUGGUCUGGAGGAAACUUUAAAUAAACAGGAUUUACACAAAUCAUACAAACACACAAUUAAAUUGAAAUAAAAGUUAUAACCAGUAAAUAAUAAA